UGGAAGGUCACGUGACGUCACCUAUAUGGUUUGUCGUUUUUAUUGCAGUGAAUUUGACGAGGGCGUAAAAUCCACUUACAUCAGGGAAAAUAUACCUGUUGUUAAGAAAUCCCAAUGAUCAUGAAAUAUUUUAAAGCCAAAAGUAUUGAAUAAAGACGUACGAACCCAUUACUCUAAUUUCAAUUUUAUUUCUAAAUAGUGUUUAAAGAUGGGUCUGUCUUAGGACGCGAAGACUUCCUAGUAAUAGUAAUGAUGAUAAUAUUGCCACUCGUUAAAAAGUCAUUGGCAAAAGCGUCCAUAAUAAACGACUAAGUGAACAUUUGAUGCUGAAAGUUAACUUGGACAAUAUUCAUUGUGAAAUAUUUAUAACUGAUCAAAUGACCAUCUUAAGCCUAAGAGUAUAAAAUGAAAGUAUGAAGUUGAACAAGAUGGCGUCAGAGUGUUUCGUCAUUGCUACUUGUAGAUUUUGGCCAAAACAGAACAGGGUGAGAUGAUAUUUUUGCACUUUGUGAAAUUUUGUUAUCUUCCGAAUAUUGUAUCAAGACACUUUUGGAGCGAUGCCGAGCUCAGAACAACAUCGUUCUCGUGCUAAAACUAAAAGUGCCAAUACCAAUAACAGAGAGAGGAGUCAAAAGGGUCAAGAUAGUAAGCAUAGUUCAUCGUCUAACUCGUAUUUUGAUAGAAGUGUUGCAUCAGGUUCAGCUGGUCCAAGUGUCUGUAAAAGGCACAAGAACUUGAAAAAGUCAUCACAUAGAAAUCCAAAAAAGAAACAUUCCAAAGGAAAAGACCAGGAGAAGGUUUCAUUAUCGACAGUUAAAUCAUUAGUAGAAUAUGAUGAUGUAAGUUCAGAUUCUUCUGCUUUUUCAGAAACAAACCAUUCUGUUGUAGAUGAAACUGAUAGUUUAAUAUUAUCACCUCCAUCUAAAACUUCAGGAAGUGCAUUAAGCAGUAAAAUUAAAAUAAGUGAUAAAAGAGGAAUUGAAAAAUUUAGAAGUUACCAGAGAGAAAGCUGUAAAGAGAGAGUGUCACCUGCAGCUAAAACAUCAAGACAUCGAGAAAAAGAAAAAUCUUCAUCCCCAUUUUUUUCACGAGAAAGAAAAGAAAGAGAUCGUGACAGAACUUCAAAAGACUUUUCCUCUCGUGAAGGACCAAAUAUGUAUUUGCAUGGAAGAGAAAAGGACUUUGAGAGAGGUUUUCUAUAUUCUUUUAGAGAAAGCUAUGAACAUUCACAUCCAAGUGACUCAGAUUACUAUUAUGAAAGAGGACGGGAUAAUUUUCGUGAAAGAACAAGAAAGAAAUCUAGGACUCCUGAAGCACCUCGUGCAUAUCGUAGAAGUCCAUCUUCUAGUCCAGUAUUGCGAGCCACAAAGCAGAGAAGAAGGUCACCUUCAGAUACUAGAGAAAGAGACAGACCACAUAAUUAUUCUCGAAGUCCCAGUCCUUAUUCUAGAAGAACGAAUGCUUGGUCAAGAAGUAGAAGUAGAAGUCCAUUUCAUAACAGGUCCAGAAGAUCACGAAAAUCACAUUCACAUAGCCGAAGUCCACCACUAAAAUCUCGAUCAAGACGAUCUAGAUCUCGUUCAAGAUCACCAUACAACAGUCGAAGGCGAAAGGAACGUAGUCCAAGUCUCUCUGACCCAAAAUUUGCUACUAGUCUUGCAGCUGAACUUAGUAAACAUCGUAAGGCUAGACAGUUAGCAAAGAAGAAACAAAGAACUAAUUUAACAGGGGAAGGAACCUCUUUAGAGAAACAGCAAGAAAAUGGAACCACCACAGCUAAUGUUUCUACUGCUAUAUCUGUUGUUGUUACUGAUCCCAUUCCAAUCUCAGCAGCUGAGAAGACUGUGGAAAUAGAGGAUGCUGAGAUAUUACCAGCAGUAGAGAAUCAGAAAACCUCAAUAGUAGCUGAAUCACAAAUAAAACCCGAAACUUUAAUAACAAUUCCACCACCCCCACCUCCUGAUGAAAAACCACCUCUUCCGCCUCUUCCAACACUUCCAUCAUUACCAUUACCUCCAACCAUAGAACCAAAGGAGAAGACACCAGAGGUGGUUGAAAAGUCAGAUACACCAGUUUAUGUUCGCAGAAAAAGUAUCAGAGAUUUGCCUUUACCACCAGGAAUAACUGAGGAAGAUGUAACCAUGUCACCUGAAGUUGAAAAAGAGCCAACUUCUCCAGUUAUUACUCUUCCUGACCUCAAAAAACAUCAUAAAAGGCCAAGUAUAAUUAAACCAGUGGAAGAAGAAACAGAGAGAUCUCCAAACUGGGGAGAGAGAUGUGUAGAGAUGUUUGACAUAAUUUGUCAAAUUGGAGAAGGUACUUAUGGACAGGUGUACAAAGCCAAAGAUAGGGACACUGGAGACCUUGUAGCUCUGAAAAAGGUUAGACUAGAAAAUGAAAAGGAAGGUUUUCCUAUCACUGCAGUGAGAGAAAUAAAAAUACUAAAACAGUUAAGCCAUCAAAGUAUAGUCAACCUGAAGGAGAUUGUUACUGACAAACAAGAUGCCUUAGACUUCAGAAAAGACAAGGGUGCCUUCUAUCUUGUAUUUGAAUACAUGGAUCAUGAUCUUAUGGGCUUGCUUGAAUCUGGUUUGGUUGAAUUUUCUGAACAACACAUUGCAUCAUUUAUGAAACAGCUUCUGGAUGGACUUAGAUAUUGUCAUAGGAAGAACUUCCUUCACAGAGAUAUCAAAUGUUCAAAUAUACUUAUGAACAACAAGGGUCAGAUAAAAUUGGCUGAUUUUGGACUGGCCAGACUGUAUAGUGCAGAAGACAAGACGAGGCCUUACACUAACAAAGUGAUCACAUUGUGGUACCGCCCACCUGAGCUUUUACUUGGAGAGGAAAGAUAUGGACCAGCAAUUGAUGUGUGGAGUUGUGGGUGCAUUCUUGGAGAACUUUUUACCAGAAAACCAAUUUUUCAAGCCAAUCAAGAAAUGACUCAGCUUGAAAUAAUCAGUCGGUUGUGUGGUACUCCUUGCCCAGCUAACUGGCCUAAAGUUAUUCAUCUUCCACAUUUCCAUACAUUCAAACCUAAGAAACAGUAUAGAAGAAGAAUAAGAGAAGAAUUUUCUUUUUUGCCAACUCCUGCAUUGGAUUUGUUUGACCAGAUGCUAGAGUUAGACCCAGAAAAAAGAAUUACUGCAGAAAAUGCCAUAAAAUGUGCUUGGCUUAAAGACGUUCGUCCAGAAUUGAUGCCACCUCCAGAUUUACCACACUGGCAAGAUUGUCAUGAAAUGUGGUCUAAGAAACGCAGACGUCAACUUCGUAUGGAACAGGACACAAGUGCUUCAACAGGACAGACUCUUGGCAUUGUACCUGGUCAACAACAGCUUUCUGGUGGAUCUGGUGGUUCUGGCAGUGCUAGUGGAAGUAUAAGCACUAUAUUGCCAGAAUCUCAGAAUAUUUCUCUCAGCAGCAGUGUUCCACAAACUCAAGGCAGUAAAUUAACACAGUCUUCUGAAAGUUCAGUUGAAGUCAAAGGUUCCCAAAAUCGUGUUGAUGUUCCAGUGCAGCAUACAGAAAGUGAUACACUAGCAACUGCUGUUGUACAACAUGACAUUCAAGCAGUAUCUGAAAGAUUGUCAAACCCAGAUGUCACUCAUUCUGUAGAUAAAAGUUUAACUCCAGGGAGUGGUGUUUUCUCACACUUUAGACACACUCCAUCUCAGCGGGAGUCUCCAGUUUUCACAACUAAAGGAUGUGGAGACUCUCUAGAGAAUCGUUUUGGGCAAGAAAAUUCUGCAGUUCAAAGUAGUGGAGAUAGUCAUGGUUUACAAUCAUUGUUUGCUGAUCAAGAAUCAUUAUUGAACAUUUCUAUGGGCUUGAAUAUGGUUCUUGGUGUUAAUAAAACUAGUUCAGAUAUGUAUCUAGGAAAACGUAGUCAGACUGUGAGUUCCAGACUCGAAGCUGGGCAGUUUAAUGAAACAAAUCAGUUUACAGGAGAACAAAGGACACAUGGAAAUGUCAGGCAGAGUUCACCACAGUUUACUAGAAUAUCUAGUAGUUUAUCCAGAAGUACCUCCAUAUCAGAAGAUCUUAAUCAGUCAUUAUGGUCCAGUUCAGAAGACAAAACACCAGGACUUGGAAGUGAAGUAAAAAGUAGGCAUUUUACCUUUACAGCAGCUGAAAGAACAUCUACCAAAACUAGUCCAAACAUUGAGAAGGGAUUGCUAGGACAAGUCUAUAGUGCUACUCUAGGAGAGGCAAGCCAAAUGAAAGCAAGUCAACUGCAAAAUGUUUUAAAUCUUCUUGUAGCUACAAUUCAGAAACAAGGUGCCAGUGGUAUUACGAGUGAACAAUUAGCUGCUCUUUCAAGUCUUCAGAUUGAUUCACUCUCUUCCAAGCAAAUGGAGAGCAUUCAAGUGCUUCUAGCUGCAGUUUUCAAACAAACAAAGCCACAAAAACCAACUGACACACAAUCAACUCCUUCAACUUACAGAACGGAACAUCACAGUGAUGCACAGCUACAUGAACAAGAGCCAGUCAAAGACUUCAGUACUGUGGACUGCUUAGACAGUAUGAAAGGAGAUACAUAUGACAUGAAGGGAAGACAAGAACAAGUAUCACUGGCUGAAGCGUCUGGUAAGUAUGAUACUGUAUACAGCAAAACCUAUGAAAACAAGCAUGAAUCCAGUAAUAUACCAACAUACAUAAGACCAAUGUCAGGUUUUCUGGCACAGUUUCAUGAAGGAGAGAAUUGGAAGGAUAAGUCCUCUAUCCCAACUACAGACAGUAACUACAACACAACUGGAAUCAAAACAGCCUUAUCUCAGCUGUUGUCUAACCAGGACCUCAGCAUAGCUACUACUUCAACUAAUUCAGGUAUAAAAUCUCCAACUACUUUUUCUUCUAAUUUUAGGGCAUACAGUAUAGGCCAGGGUAGUUCUCAUUCCACAGCUAACAGGGAGGUAUUUGGUAAUGAAAUAUCUCAGAGAGGUAAUAAUCAGUCUAGAUCUUAUGGUAAUGUUUCUCCUGUAAGUUCUGUAGAAACAUUCCCAAGUCAGAACGUUAUCAGACAAUUGGACAGAUUGUCUGCUUCCUACUCACAAGGUGAAAGUAGAUUUGGGAGUUCCAGAGAAAGAGUGACUGAACGAAUGACUCGUUUUGAAUAUAACUCAGAAAAUUUGAGUUCUCAGAGUUUACUGGGACAAAAUUUAGAUGCAGAAUAUUCACAGGGUGUCUAUAGAAGAGAGGUACCACCAGAAAUGACUCAAGCAGCACCACUGAACCACCCUGGAAACAGACCCUCUGAUGCACCCAAUAGUAGUGAUCAUUAUCGAGAUCAUGAAUUUAUGUUUGACCAAGAUAGAGAUAGUCAUGUAUAUGGUCGCCCGGGGUAUAGUCGAAGAGGAGACUUUUAUUAAGGGUGAUUAUUAUAAGGUUAAAAGGUUUUGGAUUUAGACUGAUCCAUUUUUGUGUAGAUUAAGAAUGUAAAAAAUUAUGAAAUAUAAAGAACUGAAAA